AUUAAUUCUACAACAAAGCUUUUCGAUAAAAAGAUAUUUGUGUACAAAAUACUGCCAAAAAUAAUCACAUUAUACUAUCCGACAUUGCUCUUGUAUAAGUGGAAUUUUUUUGGGACCAAUGACCCUAUUGCAUUUGACUUAUGUAUGUAGUAUUAGGUUGUAAAAUGUUCCCAGUAUGUCUUAUAUGAGUGCUUCAGAAAAUGUGGGUUUCAGUGGUAUUCCCCAAAAUAUAUCAGAAACAAGUUGUGCGAGUCAAUAUAAAAUGGCAGUUGAAAGUGUUCCUGGAACAUGUAACAGUAAUGUGAAUAUGUAUAUUAAUGACAGCUCAGGAGAUGAGCAAGCAUACAUACCACAUUUAUCAGAAAGCUUCUUUCAUUCAAAAUUUAAGAUUGAUCCUAAUGAUUUGUAUACAUUUCAUGAUUCAGAUGUUAUAGCUGGUGAAAUUACUGUUAGUAACACAGAAGAAAAUGUGACUCUGUCUGAUACUGAAGGGAAAGCUAUACCCUUGGAAAGCCCAAUUAAGGAGCUUGAUCUUUUAGAAGGUUUAAAUAACGGUGAAAUAAAACAACCUGUUUUAAAUGGUCACUGUAGGAUCAAUGAAAUUAACAAGGCAGUAGAUAAAAAGACAGUUAAUGCCAAAGUGAAAAAAGUUCAGGCUCAAGACAAUUGUGUCAAUCAGCCGAAGAUAACUAUUAUUCAUCAUCAAGGUCUUCCAAGCCCUAAGGGGCAACCACCGACAAACAAAGCCUUACAGCAUAACAGUAAUGUUUCUAAUGAUAAAGCCCAGAAUGUAACUGCAAAAGCAGGAGGGGAAACAUUUUUGGAUGUUUUUAAACGAGAGCAAAUUUUGUCUGACAGCCAAGUAGCAGUUAACAAGACUGAACCUUAUAUUGCACCUGUUAAAAUUUCCACUCCCGCUCCAAAAAAAACUACAGCUAAGCCAUCAACCAAGGCGAAAAAAGGUAGAGGGCCUAUACAGCAUGAGGCGUUGCAACGGAUAUCCCCUCACCACAGAGUAAUAAUACAGCCAAUAAAAAACUGGCACUCACCAGACGAGGAGUUGUUCGAAUGUGGCCCUCUAGAUAUUCAAAAUACAAACCCAUAUAAACUCUUAGAAAGCAGUAGCGAUGAUGACAUAAUGCCUGAUUAUGAGAGUGGGUCGGGACCUGUCUGUGUGGAAGAAAGUGCGGCAGAGUCUCGAAGCGCUAGACUAGACCUGCGUAGGGCUGCGAUGAGAAGACAGGUGUCUCGGACGGCUACGGCUCUGCACUUGACCAAAAAGCAUGAUGGUCAUAGAGCAUUGGCAGCCCUUAUAAAGAGACAACUAAAUGGAGCAAGCUCUUGUCGUCUUCCUCAACAGACGAUGAAUCACCUUUUGGCGAUGCGCGGAAUGACUGGAACAUUAUCUUUACAAGAGAGACGGACGCUGAGAGCAAGCGGCUGGUCGGGGUGCGACAGCAGUAAAUUAGACUCGAACGCAACGAGCAUGUGUGCUGAGGAAAAAUGCACUUUAACGCCAUUACCGUGCGCUCGGUAUUGCUUAGCACACAUCACGUUGGCGCCGGAACAGCGGCUGUAUGCAGCGUGUGCAGCAGUCUUCGCGGGCGGCGAGCGCUGCAAACAGCCGCUUUUGCCGCUGCACGAGCAGACGCCUUUGUGUCUGGAGCAUGCUUGGAAGAGGGAUAAUUACGAGCUCCUCAGUCGCGAAAAGCCCCAAAAGAGCCGCAAGCGGGCGUGUCCGUUGGGCAGCGCUGUGCGUCCGCCGCGACCGCCGCGCAAACCCAAGCGGAGACGCCGACUAGUGGCCAAAAGACACCCGCCCGUGCAUACGCAGUCUUUGUCAGAAAUAAAUGCCUACUCAAAUUCGUCGGCGUACGACAGUGAGGACACGGGAAUUGGUGGGCUGAGUGAGAGCGAGUAUAUUGGUGGAACUGCAACUGAACUAGAAGUCGGUCAAGUGCCCCCGGAUGACAUCCUGGACCCGAGCGUCUUGAGCCAGAUGCCGGAUGAAGCGUUCACGGAGUUUUUUAAUCAAGCGGAGGGGGGAACGUUCGCGGAGAGCUGCGAACUAGCGGCCGCAUUAGAGGCCGUGCUGGACGAGCGCGCGCUCGAUAUGAGCGAAGUGUUCACAAAUUCACCUGUACCGGCUAAUAAGAUGCAAGUUGCCGUAAGUAUGGAGUCGUCGUCCGCGCCCUCAUAACACAUAUACGCUUAUGUUAACUGUAAUAAUAAUGUGUUUAGGAACAAACUCGUUUUGAAUUAUGCUUUAAUUUUGUGUGUUAGUGAAUUGUAGCGUGUAACUGUCGUUGUCGUUUUUUUUUUUCUUCAAUUUGGUCAACUUAAACGAAUAAAUGUCAUACUUUUAAUAUUUAUUCUGACGUCAGUUGUGCUCCUAUUACUUUUGCUGAUUUUUCUGAUUAAAAAUUUGCAUCGCGCGAUUUGUCGGUCACGGAUGACUUCCGUUUAAUUGUGUAAAAGCUGCAAAUUUAUAAAAAAAGCAAGUAUAAUUGAUAAACGCGAGUAUGAAUCAGUUUUUUCAAGUGCUGUUGGUCUUCUCCCGAAUUAAUUUAAGUAAAUGAAUCUUUCAAAAAUGUGUCUACUCAAAAAUCUAAUUAAAUUUUGGGUUUUUACUUAUGUCUAAUAUCCUAGUAGACACGGCGAACACACAUAAUCAUAGGAUACAAAAAUAUGUCUGGUAUGGAUAUUUGAACAGGUUAAUUAGAUUUUUGUGUUUUCAAAGGCGGUCCACGCGUUGAUAAUAUAACCAUUUCUUCGUAUUGAAAGAUUUUACAUUAAGUUAGAUAUAGUACAGACUGAACCAUGAGUUUGGCAAAAUAAACACUUUAUCUGGACUUGACAGGUUACACCUGUGGCGUUACAACCCUCGGUCGACCCUCAAAUUUCAGUGUCGCCUUUAUUUUUCUUAUAGGCAAGUGGGCAAUUCGCCUACUAUGCCUAACACACAAUUUUGAAGUCCAUUGAUAUAAUACAUGUGUCAAAAACGUUUUGACAUUCCGAAGUCUUCGCGUUUUUUUGCUUCGCCUUCGCGAGAAUCAUUGCGCAUUCAUGACUCGAACUCACGACCCCAGGCUUGGGUGCCUAAUGCCCGCCUUGUGUGCUUCCACCAAAGCGGAGACCCCAUGUAUGAAAAUCAUCGUAAUGAGAAUGGCGGCGUUCCGCUCGCAGUGAGAGGUGGAUAUAACUAGGCCAAACUAGCUCGUGGUGACGUUAAAUAAAUAAAUAUGUGCUAUUUACUUAAUGUCGACGUCUUAAUUGAUAUACAGAUUCGGUAUUGACCGGGCUGUUAACUAUUCUAAUAAAUUAACGAUUAUUUUCCAAACAAACCUUAGUCAGUCAGUCUUUUGUCAAACUCAUAGUUGAGCAACAUAUUUGUAAAAUUAAACAUAAGUUGUAAAUAUUCACAAUGAAGUACAGUUCCCGUCAAACAAUUUUCAAUUGCCCGUUUUGUGUUUGACCACGCGUGACUAACGGUGCGUUAGGCUUUGAAGCUGUCAAUCACGGGUGACCGACGAUGUCGUUUAAAGCGCCAUCUAUGGAAUAGAAACUGUAUUUCAUUUUUAUUGUUGGUCACAAUUUUCUAAAACCGAGAACAGUAUUAAAGGGUUUCUGGUUGCAUUUGAUAUUCGAUCAAAGUAAGAUAAUUAAUGGUUCGGUAAUUGGGUUUUAUUCUUCAUAAUAAACAUAGUAUAUGUGACUCUUAAUGCACAAUACAAAAUGUUUCGUUUGAAUACAAUUAGACAGUCAAAAAUUUUGAAAAAAAAAUCGAGUCGAAAAAAGUAGCAAUGUCAUUUUUUUGUUAAUUCUGAUCGUUUCGUACGUUGCUAAACUUCUCGUAAUUGAUGGAAUUUUGAACAUUGUUUUUGUACUGGAUAUAGCAUAAGGGACAAUAAUAUAUUUUCUAAUAUAAAAUAAUAACAGAAAGAUUGCAGUUUUUAGAGUAAACUAAUUUACAAUUUUUUUCCCCUUUAACUGUGUUGCCCUACUGUAGUGGGUAAGUAUAACGAAUAUUCUCAAAUCUACCUUAGUACAAUAGUAUAAAUUCCCGUAGAUCAAAUGUUCCUACUUAGAUUGUGAUUAUUGGCGAUAUAACAAUAAUAGGUUAAAAUUCCUGUGAAUAUUAAUUUAAUUCGAACGUGAUUUUUAUUUUCAUUAAGUGUAUAAUUUUUUUUUUCUUUAAUUGUUAGAGUUUCAAAAUGUAUGGUCAUAAUGAUAUUUUAUAGCUCUGCAAUUGAAUUUAGGCAUUUAUCGUCAUAGGACAGGUCUCUGUUGGUUAUGGUUAUGUAGGCUAUGCCUUCAAAAAUCUACAUGAUCGCAUCUUAGAGGUCCUUAGGGUCACGGAGUUUUGGUAUGGAAUUAAAUAUUCCAUAAUCGUAAUUACAUAAGAAAAAAAACAUUUUUUUGUGAUCACGUGUGUUUGGCUCUUCGGACGUAACGAUGCGCAAUAAUCAAAGGACAGUGCUAUACGAAAAAUCUAUUAUAUAAAUAAAUGCAUACUUAUAAUCCCUAUUUAAUUAUCAUGUUUGGGGGUGAGAUUUAUGUUCGUAACUAUUACAACACUAACUUACAAAAAUAUAGUGCUCGCUACUCCGGAGAAACUAAAGAGAAAAAAUCCGUAUUCGUUGUUCAAUAGGUUAAAUAAACGGUUAUUAGAUAGUUGACAUUGUGAGCGUUUUAAGAACUGUGCAAAGUUAUUAUAUAUUAAUAACUAAAUAAAAAUAAUAUAUUAAUCGAUUUUUCAUGUUCAAUUUGAUCUAGCAUCGACUGCCAACUGCCAAAGAGUAAUUUCUUUUGACAACUGUCAUAGAGCUAUUUCCUCUGACAACUGUCGUGUGAAUAGAAUAAUGCCCUGAGCACAGAACAUUGAAUUUAGUAGUCUGUGCUUUCUAAUGUUGUCAUAACAACAUUUAUAACUUUACACUGAGAAUAUUUGCGCAUUUACCGUCUACCGAAACAAUUGAAUGUUGUUCGUUUGUUCUAUAAAGUGGCGCCUUCGUAGUAAAAAUCCUUGUGAUCAUAAAUUUUGGCAUUAUGCGUUGGAAUUUCCCGCCUCGUGAAACAUGUAUGCGCUUAUCUUCAGGGGUAUUUAUAUAAUCAUCAAUUAUGUUGAGAGGGGAAGAACCAAUAGAGUGGAGACAAAUAAUUUUACAGUCUACAUUGGUUUUAAUAUAAAAUAAUUAACACACACAGUUAAUAACUCUAUUUGUUCAUCCCGGUACAGUUAGAUAUGGCUAGUUAUUUAUUUGUACUUUUGUAGACGAAUUGGUAUUGACUGCGCUUAGGGAGAUUAUAGUAUAAGAUACUGCACCUUAGCUUAAGUAGAGAUAAGAGGCUUCGACUUAUCUGAAAAUUACUAUUUUAACCGGAUUGCAUAUGUAAAAUUAGUUUAAAUAUCAUUACUAAAGCAACGUUUUGGAGAAGCGUUUAAUAGUGCAUAUCUCCAUCCAUAGAUGGCGUUAAACUAACGUUGCAUUAUAUACAUUUUUUCAAAAAUGAACGUUAAUAUUUAAUGGCCCUGUAAAUAACUGUAGUUCCGUAUGUUAUACGUUUCAUAACGUCCAUGGUGACGCAGUAUUGUGCGGCCCGUAAGGUGUUAGAAUAUUGUUGCUAGUGUGAGUAAUGUUUCUAAAAGUAUUCAUUUAAAGAUUUAGUUUAGGAUCACUCGAUCUAAUUUCUAUGGAUUGUAAAUCGAUGUAAGCUUCUAAGCAUUUUUGGAUUUUGUCAAUUCAAAUCUAUACUCUUUGAUUCCAAAUACGUGUUAAAAUUUGUAAUUGUAAUCCAAAUUAAAUUGGUCUCAAUAAUUUUCGCUCCAAGAACAAGAAUGUUACAGAAAACAACUACCUCUAUAAAUGCCUGAUGUUCACGCGUCCAUGUGAUAUUGGUAAUAAACUGUGAAAAAUACUAUUGUACGCUAAAUUUUUUGUUUCUUUUGUCAGUUCAACCCCAUAUCUGAAAUAUAUCAAAUGACGCCAUCUAGUGAGCAGUCGCAAAUGUUUAUAAAUGCUGUCCCCCAUGUCUGAUUUCCUUUCCUCUCUGCUUAAUUCUCAUUAUUACCGAAUAAAAUCACGAUUGAGACCUUCAAACUGGCUUCGAUUAGAUUGCGUACGGAUUGUGUUAUUAGUAGGAUUUGCGAACCCACCGACAUAUAUAACAAUCGGUUUAAAAUAAAACACAUUGUAAUUGAUAUUUAUUUAUUUCACCACAGAACAUAACGCUCUGUCCACAGUGUAAAUAGUUUAGUGAGCACUCGGGUAUAUACUGUAUAGUAUAUGUAACAUGUAACAUAUUUUUAUAUACUUUUUACCUUCGUAGUUUCCAAUCGCAGUAGGCUUAAUCUAAUUUGACAAUGUGUUUGGUCUCUUUAAUAUAAGUUAGAAUCGUAUAUUUUUGUAAUAAUAGUUAAGGAAGCAUUUUUAGUUUGUAGUACAUUGUACAUUAGCCAGCAUCUGAAUGUAAUUUAUGUGUAGUAAUAAACAUUUAAUGUACAUUU